GAAGGAAAUUAAGUUUAUUAUGAUAAUGUUAAUUUAACAAUUGUUUUUAUUCAUGGGAGAUUUCACAAAAUUGUCAAAGAAUAAAAUCAAGUCAGAUACAGUAUAUCAAUUAAUGAUGAUACUGGAAUUCUAAAAGUUACUUAUUUUGCAAAUAAAUAAAAUGAAGAUCCAAUUUUAAAAUUAAUAGAAGAAGGGAAGUAUGUUUAUAUUAUAAUUUAAUAGAGAUGAUCCUUCAUAUUAUUAUAAAUUCAUAAUUUAAAUAAAAAUAUUUAAAGAUGCUCCUUAUUUUAUAUUACAACAUUAUUUAACAUCUAAUGUAUCAGAUUGGAUGUAUCAUACAAUGAAAGUAAUUGAAAUUGAAGUAUAAUCUCGACCACCAAUUGAUUGGAAAUAAUUAAAGGAUGAACCUUUAGAGAAAUAGAUUGAAGGAUACAUCAGACACAAUAAAAGAGUAAAUAUUGGACAAUUACUAAAAAAAUUUAAUUGUUCUUUAUAAUAAUUGAAAGUGUUAAUAGAUUAAUUGAAAAAGCGUUCAGCCAUAGCUGAAUGUUUAAAUAAGGAAACAUUUAGAAUAGUUAAUUGAAUUAAAAUUU